AUGUAUUCUUCAUUACCGGCGUUGCAUGUGAGGUUCCGAAAAGCCAUCAAAACCCGGCGCAAUAACGAACGGGCGGUGUUGGGAUUCGGAGGGGGCCGGUCGUCAGUGAUGUGGGCAAUACUUUCUUCCCGCACAUCAUCACUGUCAGGCACGACGGUGGAUUCUGGAGUAGAAGGUGUCAUUGCCAGGGUAAUUGGAUGGGGCAUCCUUGAAGAGCAUAUAGAGAUGCCACCUUUUGAGGGUGGAAGUCAUCCCCUCCGUCACGGAGAUGUUCGGAAAGAGCCCACCCAGCCAUUGUUAUUUCAUUUUGGCGGAUUUGAUAACAUGUCACAAGUUACUCCGGACAGGCCUAGCAAUACCCCCACGACUCUCAGUAGCACGUUGAAGAUAUUACAAUUUAUGAGCACGUUAGACUUUACACCCAAAGACUUCAUGUACACGUUCUUUUCUUCCACUGACGAGAGGGUUGUAUAUCGCCAACGCCUGAUGAAAACCGGGAAGGGAGAAAAGCAAAACAAAUCGAUUUUGAAAAAUUUUGGAAAUCUAAUAAAGUCAUCCGCCGAAGGACGCGAGUUCUGGGAGGGCUUUAUAUUGAAAGAGGCUUCCGAGAUUGUAAAUGCCCAAGAGGCACCAGACGCGCCGGCCACCGGGAACGGGAUUGGCAAACCUGCAUCUGAAGAAGAAGUGUUGUCAUUAGCCAACUUGGUGUAUGUCAAGUCUAGCGCCUCUGAGUUCGCAAAUCAUAAAGCCGAAGUGUACCACACUCCCAACAUCCACUUCCUGCGGAUGAUGGACGCACCUGAUUCCUCCGCCGAAGGGGUGUCACGUGUGCUUGAUCAGGUAAUGGCCCAAAUAGGCAAGGACAAAUCCGACUACGCAAAUCACCUCUUGAUCGCGGGUGGCGACGUUGGGUCAAACCAACUGGUGGAAAGCCUCUGCGGGAAGCUACACCCUCCUAUUGAUGAUGUCGAAGGAUUAACAUGGGUAUUGUUGGUGUUUGGUGCUGCCCAUACCACCUGGAACUUCGCGAAGGCCAUUUGGUCUCUGCACUGGGGCAACUCCAGCGACCGAGAGGAUUCGGGCGCAUGGCGCUCUUCGUUUGAGCUCGGAGGCGACUAUUCAAAGCCACCUGCUUUGCAGGAUUUCAACUCAAUUAUGAGAAUGAUCCAAAUGGUUCAUAAAGCUAACCUUGUUUAUGUCAUUAGGUGA